AUGGACGAGGUCGAGUGGGUCGACGACAUGUCCGGAAUGACUCCAGGCGAGCUCCGCGAUUUCCGCUCCAAUCUCCGCCCAGUGCGCUUGAUGCUUACUAAGCUCCGUCGCCUGGCUGCCACCAUCCGCAAGUCGACGACAAUCUUGCUGCCAGCAUGGAAGAAGCAGCUCGAAUUGCUCAAUCAAGACAUUCUCAUGCUGAAGCAAGACGUCAGAACACGGUGGUGUUCAACUCACGACAUGCUCAAGCGGGCUGUCCGCCUGAAGAAGGCUAUCAAGUCCUUCUGCGAGGCCGACAACGACCUACAUCCUCUGGAUCUCGAGAAGUACCAGCUCUCAAAGCGGGAAUGGUCCAUUGCAGAGCAGCUUCUCGAGGUGCUCAAGUACUACGAACUCACGGACUCUUCGGAGUGCUAUCGAAUCGCCAUGGUGUUGCACCCGGGCUUCAAGCUCGAGUACUUCAAGACUCAUCACUGGCAAGAUGAGUGGAUCGAGACGGCCAAGACUCUCGUCCGCAACGAGUACGACUUGAACUACAAGCAC